UGGCCUGCGAAGGAAGGCGACGACGUGGAAGGCGCACCUGCCGGAUCCAGCACGAGCACCGCCCGCGCCCUCCUCGCGCCUCUCUCUCUUUCUUUCUCUCGGUGAGUCCCCGCGCCAGACGUUGUCACAGAAUCUGGUAAGGAAUCGGCAGCGGACGAGAUUCCUGCGCGUUCAGGACGAAGCACGAUCUUCUUCUUCUUCUUCUUAUUCAUCUGCUCUUUCUUGUUUCUUCGUCGUGGUGGUGGUGCUGCUGCUGCGUCCAUGUCAGAUUCUUGAAGGAAGGAAGGAAGGGAGGAAGGAGGCACAAAUGCACAUGGUUUCCAGAUGCGAGAACGGAUGAUUUGCGACGCUCGUCCGUCCCCGAGCAGCAGAUGCCCGAGGCGCCUGCCUUGCUCAGUGUGCACUUGCCAUCGUCCGCUGUAGCUGAAGCUGAAGCUGUAGGUGGAUCUUUUUUCUGCAGUCGCCGGCAUAGCCGGAUUCCGCGCGGCGAGGCGGGGAGACGGACAUAGCCGUAUGCUUGAAAUGAAAGUGCGUUGGAUGAGUGUGGGUAUGUAAGCACUCGUGUGCUUACGAGCUGGUGGAGGUCGAGGCCGAGGGGUUGCGGUAUCGUCGGGUGCUGGUGGGGGCGAAGGUCGCAGAUAUGGCGUCGUGCACGGUGUCGAUGAGCUCGACGAGGUAUGGGUUGAGAGCAGGGGCGGUGAAAGUGAGGAGCGGCUCGCCGAAGCACCUGUUGCGUUCCGGCUUCUGUCCGAUUGCGCCGACGCGAGGGGACGAAUUGAGCUCUCGAUGUGGGGAAGUGAAUGGGAAUGGGAGUUUGCUGUCUCCCGGACUGGCGGCUCGGCGUCUGCACAUGGCGGAGACGAGAGUUUGCUCUGUGAGGGCCGCAGGUGGUACUCUGCUCGAGAUGAAGCCCAAAGUCGAGCUGAAGAAACUGAACUAUGAGAUUCCAAUUUUUGAUCCGAGGAAGAGUAAGGCUGUGGAUCUCGUGGUCGUCGGGGGAGGUCCUGCAGGUUUAGCCGUAGCCCAGAGAGUGUCAGGUCAAGGACUGAGCGUUUGCUGCAUCGACCCGGAGCCGAGGAGUGUGUGGCCCAACAAUUAUGGAGUUUGGGUGGACGAAUUCGAGGCAAUGGACCUGCUGGACUGUCUCGACUACACGUGGGGAAGCGCCGUGGUUUACUUGGAUGAUGACGUAAAGAAGUUACUGCAACGUCCUUACGGAAGAGUGAAUCGAACCAGGUUGAAGUCGAAGAUGAUUGAGCAGUGCAUAACGAAUGGGGUGCAGUUUUACCAGUCGAAGGUGAAACACGUUACCCACAGCAAGGACCGAUCUUUUGUGGUCUGCGAUGAUGGAUUCGUGAUUGAGACUGCAGUUGUUUUGGAUGCCACAGGGCACUCCAGACGUCUUGUGCAGUAUGACAAGCCUUUCAAUCCAGGCUAUCAAAUUGCAUACGGUAUAGUUGCCGAGGUUGACUGCCAUCCUUUUGACCUUGACAAAAUGCUGUUCAUGGACUGGAGGGACUCCCAUUUGAACAAAUAUCCUGAACUCAAAGAAAGCAACAAGAAGCUGCCAACUUUCUUGUAUGCCAUGCCAUUUUCUCCGACGAAAAUAUUUUUGGAGGAAACAUCUCUCGUUGCAAGGCCCGGAGUGCCCCUGGAGGUGAUCCAGCAACGGAUGGAGGCACGGUUGAAACAUCUGGGUAUCAAUGUGAAGAGCAUUGAAGAGGACGAAGUGUGUGUCAUCCCAAUGGGAGGAGUGCUCCCUGUGAUUCCUCAAAGGGUCUUGGGGAUCGGAGGAACGGCAGGGAUGGUUCAUCCUUCAACUGGUUACAUGGUGGCGCGAACUCUGGCUGCCGCACCGAUCGUUGCGGACUCUUUGGUGAAAAGGCUUGGUGGCGCAAGCCAUCCCCACAUAUCUUCCAACACUGUCCUGGGGAAGGAAGCAGAGCCAUCUUCUAGUCAGGAUGAGGACAUUCCGACUCCUCCAGAACCCCGGAAAGGACCCUUUGGAGAUGAAGUAGCAGCAGGAGUAUGGGCUGACUUAUGGCCUAUGGAACGACAACAGCAAAGGGAGUUUUUCUGUUUUGGAAUGGACGUACUCCUAAAGCUUGACCUUGUUGGAACGAGGCGAUUCUUUGAUGCAUUUUUCGACCUUGACGAGCAUCAUUGGCAAGGGUUCUUGUCUUCUAGAUUGUACUUCUGGGAGCUUAUUGGGUUUGGAUUUUCGCUCUUCACGCAUGCGACCAACACUGCAAAGGCCGAGAUUGUGGUCAAGGGAACUCCAGCUCUUUUGAACAUGAUCAAGAACUUAACAUUGAUGAAGCGGCAAUAACAACCUAAACUGUUCGCUUCUUCUUGUAAUCUAACGAAAUUUCAAAUUGGGUUGAGAGGUGAUAUGCCUCGCGUUACACGGGCAAGAAUUGUAAUUUAGCAGGUUGUAUUUGUAAUUAACUGUUACAUUAGUUUACGUGGAGAUUUUAGCAAGAGAGGUGAAGCCUUGUCCGUUAGGCAUCAUCCUUCAGCAAGCCAUUCGCUCGCUUCAUCAGGAGAAGGUUUUAGCAGGGAGCCUAGAGAUCUCAUGGUCACAACACCUGUGCAAGUCUGCCGGUUAGCAGGCUUCCAACUCAUGUUAUCAGUACCGCGAAGGCGGUUGUUUUGCCCCUAGCUGAAUAAGGCUUCUUGGCAUCUUCUUUUAGUAUCACCAUCCAUGAUUGAAGCUCACUGAGCCAGGUUGAAGUUUUCGCAGCAUUAUCUUAUUGAAAAGGCUUACAUGUUCGAGCGCAGUUUCCUUGGUUGUCAUAUCGUGAAACUUUUUCCCCAAAUAAGAUAGAGGAUGUCUUUGAAUUACCC